GAGCUGCAGGUGCAGCAGGACAUAUCCAGGACUAGCUAAUGAGACUGGCCGUUGUAACCAGCGAGACGGGAUCACGUUACUGCAGUUGCUAUGGCACCAGGUAAAUGCUACAGAGAGCGGACUCCCAGGGAACACAUAGCGCUGACAACAAACAGCAACGGGCUGACUGUAGGGUGAGGAGCUGCGGCCGCUGUACACCCGUCCCCCGCCCCAGCACAUCUCAGGAGUCCCUGAUAGAGUAUGGAUGAUAGCAACAGAGCUGAUAUGGAAGGGGAUGAUUCCCUUCCUCCUACUGUAGAAGAAGAGACAGAGUUGGAUUCUCCCAGCAAUGCAAUAAAAGGAGACCAAGAGCUAUCUUUGAACCCACCACUGAUAUCUAUUAACAAAGAUACAGAAGCCAAAGGCCAGAGACGUCGAGGUGCAGUAAAAAGACCAAGCUUAGUACCAGGAUCAGCCAAUACUGUGUCAUCUCCUACUUCACAAAUUCCACCUGCAGGAAAAAAGAAUAAUGUGCUUUCUAAUGAAGCUAGAAAGGAAAUGGCAAAGCUAGCUAAAGUUACCAAGGAUGAGAGGAGAGCUCAACUGGACGCUAGGCACAAAUAUUUGAUCUCUAAACUGGCGGAUGGCCUAGGGAUCAGUGAUACUGAAGUGGAGGACUUUCUUAUUUCUGAUGACAAGUUCAGCCUCAUAGCUGAUUUCUUUGCUGCAAAUGGUUCAAAAAAACUGAUCUUUUUUUACCAAGAAGUUGCUCAGCCAAGUAAGGCAAAUAUUCCUAUGUGGGUAGAAGGAGCGAAUCUAAACACCUCGUAUACUCAUCUGCAGAAGAAACUUUUCAUCACAAUGGGCUCUGCCGAGGGCCUAACAGGGACAUGUCUUUUCUUCUUGCGGACAACAGAUAAACCAAUUACUACAGCCAACAUUAUUCAAGAAGUAAAUUUCAGCAUGUUUGAAUGUACAAAUGGCAACAUUCUUCAAGGCCUGGAGAUAUUAUUGGCUCAGGUUCUGGUGCCAGCACUAAAAUGUCAAGAGAAUUGGGGGGCUGUGAAGGAUGGGCUCCAGAAUUUGCAGAUACAGGAGUUCUUAGAUUCUUUGGACAAGUUUGUUGCAACUUUGUCAUCUGCAAAAAACAAUCUGGAUGGAAAAAUUGAACUAAAAAAAGUGGACAGUGGUUCCUUCCUUGAUAACUUGCAAAAUCCUUCAGACUUUAUAGCUGCAGGCGGUAACAGUGAAGUCAUUGAAAAGCUGGAAGGAAUGCUAUCAGUUUGGAUCAAACAGAUUGAACAAGUUCUUGCCGAAAGUGAUCAGAUGAGAAAAGAAGCGGAUGACAUUGGCCCGUCCGCUGAGCUGGAACACUGGAAGUCACGGAUGUCAUCAUUCAAUAGUCUUUUAGAUGAGAUUAAAAGCCCUAAAGUGAAGAAAGUCCUAAGCAUCUUGCAAGCUGCAAAGUCCAGGAUUUUAAAGCAAUGGAAAGAACUGGACUGCAAUGUUACCAAUGCUGCUAAUGAAGCAAAGGACAACGUGAAAUAUCUGUACACACUGGACAGGUUCUUUGGGCCUCUGGGGAAAGCCUCACCUGCUACAAUGGUGGAGCACAUACCAAGCUUGAUGAAUAGUAUCCGCAUGAUCUACAGUACAUCACAGUAUUAUAAUACAUCGGAGCAUAUGACAUCUCUUUUCCUCAAAGUUACCAAUCAAAUUGUGAGCACAUGCAAGUCUUAUCUCAACCAAGGAGUUGUUAAAAUUUGGGAUCUUGAGAGGGAGGAGCUUUUGAAGAGGAUCGAGGAAUGUGUUUACCUAAAUGAACAGUACCAGGCUUCUUUCCAUAAGAUUAAGGAGAUACUGAAAGAGACACCAAAUGAGAGGCAGUUUGAAUUCAGUGAGAAUUAUAUAUUUGGGAAACUGGACACUUUUUGCAAGCGUCUUCAGAAGAUAUCAGACAUGAGCAAUGUGUUGGAAAGUCUGGCUGAUCUUCAGAAUAUUAGAAUUGAAGGAAUUGAAAAGAUCAAUAUUCGCUAUCAGACCAUUGUUAGUAACACCAAGUCAAAGACAUAUGAUGUUCUAGAUCACCGAAAGCAAGAAUUUGAUAAAGACUACGUUGAAUUUAAGAAUCAAAUAGAAGGUCUCUACCAAUCUCUGCAAGGAUUUGUGGAUUCCUGGUUUGAAAAGCCGCUGACUACUGAACAGAUGGUAAAUCUGUUAUUGAAAUUUGAGCGAAUUGGAAAGGACCAUCUUGACUUUGGUGAAAAAUAUAUGGUAGUUCUGCAGAGAUACAGCCGUGAUUUAGAUAUGGUACGAAAACUUUACCAGAAGCAUAAAGAUAGUCCUCCAACACCGCGAAAUGUGCCCCCGAUAACAGGCAAAAUUAUGUGGGCUAGGCAACUGUACAGAAAAAUUGACCAGCCAAUGAAAUUUCUCAAAACAAAAACGGAACUUUUGCAGGGUUUAGAAAUGAAAAAAAUCAUCCGGAGCUACAACAAAAUGGCUGCCGUCCUUAUGGAGUUUGAGCUAGUGUAUUACAGAGGAUGGUGCAAAUGUGCAGAACUGGCCAAAACUGGACUUCAUGCAUCGCUGCUGGUUAGACAUCCAGAAACAAAGGAGUUAUAUGUAAAUCUGGAUCCCAUAGUUUUGGAAGUUUUGUAUGAAACAAAAUACCUGCAUAAGAUGGGGUUUGAAGUGCCUGAUGUCAUACACAGUAUAGCCACUAGAGAGCAGCAGAUCAAAAUGCAACAAAUCAAGCUGCAAGAUAUGUUGAUGGACUACCAGGCAUUUACUAAUAAAAUACCUGCUCUGCUGAAACAACUUAUGUCACCUUUUAUUACACAAAUUGAAGAAGUCCUUUCACCGGGCCUCACACAGCUUUCCUGGACCUCCCUGAACAUUGACAAAUACGUUGCAAAUGUUUACAGCUCCCUGAGAGAGGUAGAGCAGAUUUGUAAGGAAACCUCAGACAUCUUGGAGUGCCGAAUUGAGAAAUUGUUGUUAGACAUUUCUGAAACGCCACUGGUGGACUUGCCGGAAGACAGCGCCAUUACCGUUCCAGACUUUCUGGACAGAACCGAAAAAGUAAUUGCUGCAGCCGCAGAGACAUUGUCCAUGCAAAGCAAACAGGUGGAGCUCUGCUUGUAUGAAAUGAUUGAUGCCCUAAGAAGCAAGCUGAAACCAGCAGACAGGAACAGUCUACAGGAUUCAUUUGCCUGUUUGCACCUUGAUGCUAAGCAAAAAACUCGCUGUCAGGAAUGCCUUCCCUGCAGUUACUACAAUGUAAUGGGUCAUUUGUGUCAGAGAAACACAGACUCUCUUGUCAAAUGUACGAAAGUUUCUUUAGAUGCUUUAAAACGCCGGUUACACACUGUCAGCUCUAAGUACCAGACCGCAAAAUUGGCAAAAGAUCAAGUCUCCAGCCCAUUGUUUAAAGCUGAGAUACACCUCGCCAUCCCGAAUGUUGUGAUGCGGCCUAGUCUGGAAGAUAUACAAAGUGCAGUGAACAAAGCUAUAAAUAUUGUACUGUCAGCCGCCAAGGACAUUCCUCUAUGGAAUUUUGCGCAUCUCCAUCACAAACAACAACAGUUGGAGCAAAAUGCUGCCAGAGAUCUAGGCGAUGAACUUACCAAGAUGGUUGUGCUGAAGCCAUUGGAUAAGCAAAUCACUGAACAUAAAGAUGUGACCAAAGUGGUAAUCCAGCUUAGCUCUAUUAUCCUGUCUCUUAAAACAGACGCAUCUGAUGUUCUCAACAGUUUUACUACAUUUUCCGGAAUCUGGAAUCAGGAUGUUGAUGAAAAAGUGAAAGAAUUCCUGGAUACUAAUCCAGUGAUGUCCGAAUUUCGAAGUCAAUUGAAUCACUAUUCACAAUUGGAAAGUCAAAUUAGUGAACUUCCACCUCACUGCAUUGUUGGAUCUGUCGAUUUCUCCACUGAUUGUCUGAAAAUGGCGCUGGUACAAGAGUGCCGCAGGUGGAAGCGAGCAAUAGGCUCUGCUUUAAAUAAAAAGGCUGCUAUGGAUAUGGAUGAGAUCUAUUCAUUUAUUGAUAACCUUAACAAGAGAUUAAACCGACCAAUUAAUGACCUUGAUGAUGUGCGUGGAGCCAUGGAUGCUCUGAAAGAGAUCAGGGAGUCAGAAAUUAAAAUUGACAUGAUGAUUGGACCUAUUGAGGAGUCCCACAGCCUUCUUGUGAAAUAUGAGCUGUUGUUUCAGGAUGGAAACGCUGAGCGUGUAGAUGGGUUAGCUUAUGCCUGGAAGAAUUUGAACACACAGGUUGUCCAAUCCCAGAAUUUACUGAUGAAGGUGCAACCAGAGAUGAAAACAGAUUUACUGGAUGGUGUGAAAAAGUUUCAGGUUGAUUCUAGCGAGUUUUAUAAAGACUACGAUAUAUCUGGUCCUGGUGUUGAAGGCAUACCUCCCAGGGAAGCAAGUGAUAGAUUACAGGUCUUCCAAGCCAAGUUUGAUGAACUGUGGAGAAAAUAUGUUACUUUUUCUGGAGGUGAAGAACUUUUUGGCCUCCCAAUUACAGAAUACCCUGAUCUGCAAAGGAUAAAGCGUGAGCUCUCUUUGCUGCAGAAACUAUAUGGACUUUAUAAUGCAGUUAUAGAAAACAUUAAUGGAUACUAUGAAAUCUUGUGGACUGACCUGGACAUUGAGAAAAUAAAUAAUGAACUUUUGGAUUUCCAAAACCGAAUUCGCAAGCUGCCCAAAGCAUUGAAAGAGUGGCAAGCAUUUAAUGACUUGAAGACUAAGAUUGAUGAUUUCAGUGAGAGCUGCCCUCUGCUUGAGAUGAUGUCAAACAAAGCAAUGAUGAAGAGACACUGGGACAGAAUUUCACAACUUACUGGCCAUACUUUUGACGUAGAAUCUGAAAGCUUUUCCCUGAGGAAUAUAAUGGAAGCGUCAUUGCUGAAAUAUAAAGAAGAUAUUGAGGAUAUAUGUAUCAGUGCUGUCAAAGAAAAAGAUAUUGAAGCAAAACUGAAAAAUGUCAUCAAUGAAUGGAGUGCCCACGUUUUCACCUUCUCCCAGUUCAAGUCAAGAGGCGAAUUGCUGCUAAAGGGGUCAGACACCUCUGAGAAAAUUGCACUUAUGGAAGACAGUCUCAUGGUGUUAGGUUCUAUUAUGAGUAACAGAUAUAAUGCACCAUUUAAGCCAACCAUACAGCAGUGGGUGCAGAAACUGUCCAACACAACAGAGAUAAUUGAGAAUUGGCUCACAGUACAAAACCUCUGGAUUUACCUGGAAGCGGUUUUUGUUGGUGGGGACAUAGCAAAGCAACUUCCUCAGGAGGCCAAGAGAUUCCAGAACAUUGAUAAGUCUUGGCAGAAGAUCAUGCAGAGGGCUCAUGAGACUACCAAUAUAGUUCAGUGCUGCGUUGGAGAUGAAACAUUGGCACAGUUGUUACCACAUUUGCUGGAACAGCUGGAGAUGUGUCAGAAAUCCCUUACUGGAUAUCUGGAAAAGAAGCGUUUGGUAUUCCCUCGGUUCUUCUUUGUUUCAGAUCCUGCUCUCCUAGAAAUACUUGGACAAGCAUCAGAUUCACACACUAUACAGGCUCAUCUCCUAAGUUUGUUUGAUAAUGUCAACAGAGUGGGCUUUCAUGAGAAGAACUAUGAUCAGAUUUUGUAUUUUGAAUCUCAAGAAGGAGAAAAAGUGAACCUAAUUGAACACGUCAAUGCACAGGGAAAUGUGGAGUCGUGGCUGGGGCUUCUCCUUAAUGGAGUGAAGAAGACUCUGCAUACCAUAAUCAGACAGGCAUCCAUAACGAUCAGUGACUCAGGAUUUAAGCUGUAUGACUUCCAGGCCAUGUAUCCAGCACAGAUUGGUCUGCUUGGAAUUCAGAUGAUCUGGACGAGGGACGCAGAAGAUGCCUUAAAUAUUUCCAAAACAGACAAAAAGGUUAUGCAAACAACUAAUCAGAAAUUCCUUGAUUUGCUGAAUGAUUUGAUUGACAUGACAACACAGGAUCUAACCAAGAUGGACAGAACCAAGUAUGAGACUCUGAUCACCAUUCACGUUCACCAGAAGGAUAUCUUUGAUGAUCUGGUCCGUAUGAAUAUAAGAUCCGUUUCAGAUUUUGAAUGGCAAAAGCAAUCCAGAUUUUAUUUCAUAGAAGAUAUAGAUAAAUGUAUCAUCCAGAUUACAGAUGUGGAAUUCAGCUACUGCAACGAAUACUUGGGCUGCACUGACAGGCUGGUCAUUACUCCUCUGACUGAUAGAUGUUACAUUACCCUGUCUCAGGCACUGGGAAUGAGCAUGGGUGGAGCACCAGCAGGGCCUGCUGGAACGGGAAAGACUGAAACCACUAAGGACAUGGGCAAGUGUCUUGGGAAAUAUGUGGUUGUGUUCAACUGUUCUGACCAGAUGGAUUACAGGGGUCUGGGCCGUAUAUACAAAGGUUUGGCACAGUCCGGUGCUUGGGGCUGCUUUGAUGAGUUCAAUCGCAUUGAGUUGCCUGUGCUAUCAGUGGCUGCACAACAGAUUUACAUAGUCUUACAGUGCAAAAAGAACAAGAAAAGCCAGUUUAUAUUCACAGAUGGAGAUGUUGUUGACAUGGACAGAGAAUUUGGUAUAUUUUUAACUAUGAAUCCAGGCUAUGCGGGUCGUCAGGAGCUGCCUGAAAAUUUAAAAGUUCAAUUCCGUACAGUGGCAAUGAUGGUACCAGACCGUGCUAUCAUUAUGAGAGUAAAACUGGCCAGUGCUGGCUUCCGAGACAACCAAAUACUCAGUCGAAAAUUUUAUACCCUCUACAAGUUGUGCGAGGAACAAUUAUCCAAGCAGGUUCAUUAUGACUUUGGAUUGAGGAAUAUUCUGUCUGUCCUCCGAACUCUGGGGGCAGUGAAAAGAUCCAACCCUGAUGAACCAGAGAAGACUGUAGUAAUGAGAGUUCUCCGUGACAUGAACUUGUCAAAACUGGUGGAUGAAGAUGAACCUUUGUUUAUGAGCCUGAUUAAUGACUUGUUCCCUGGAAUAACCCUGGAUAAAGCAGGUUAUCCGGAGCUAGAAGCUGCCAUUCAGAAGCAGACAGAAGAAGCAGGUCUUGUCCAUCAUCCUCCUUGGAUCCUGAAACUUAUCCAGCUGUAUGAGACACAGAGAGUCAGACAUGGAAUGAUGACGCUGGGACCCAGUGGUGCAGGCAAAACCAAAUGCAUUAAUGUCCUUAUGAAAGCAAUGACAGACUGUGGAGCGCCUCACAAGGAAAUGAGGAUGAACCCUAAAGCGAUCACAGCCUCCCAGAUGUUUGGCACCCUAGAUGUGGCCACAAAUGACUGGACAGAUGGUAUAUUUUCUACUUUGUGGAGAAAAACUUUAAAAGCAAAGAAGGGAGAACAUAUAUGGAUAGUCUUGGACGGUCCUGUAGAUGCUAUAUGGAUUGAAAAUUUGAAUUCUGUUCUUGAUGACAACAAGACUCUCACGUUGGCUAAUGGGGACCGUAUUCCAAUGGCACCCAACUGCAAAAUUGUGUUUGAACCUCACAAUAUUGAUAAUGCCUCUCCAGCCACAGUAUCCCGAAAUGGCAUGGUGUUCAUGAGUUCAUCGGUGCUUGACUGGAGGCCUGUACUAAAGGCCUGGCUGCAAACACUGCCUGCUGUUCACCAGGAUGUCCUAUGGAAGUGUUUUGACAGUGUCUUUCAGGAUUUGAUCAAUUUUGUCUUUACGGCUGUGUCUCCAAAGAUGCCAAUAUUGGAGUGCAUGUAUAUUAAGCAAGCUAUUGAUCUGCUCCAGGGCCUUCUCUCCGACAAGGAGGAGAAACAGCCCAGCCAGGAACAUGUGGCGCGCCUCUUUGUGUUUGCAGUAAUGUGGUCAGUGGGAGCCUUGUUGGAGCUUGAGGAUCGUAUGAAGAUGGAAAAUUUUCUUCGUACACACGAAGCCCCUCUCCAGCUUCCUUCUGUUAAUGGAGAUGAAACUAUUUUUGAGUUUGUUAUUAAUGAAACAGGACAGUGGGAACAUUGGUCCAAAAAGGUUCCUGAGUUUAAUUAUCCAAAGGACUCAAUACCAGAAUAUGCCUCAAUCCUUGUUCCAAAUGUUGAUAAUGUUCGAACAGAUUUCCUUAUGAAUACCAUUAUGAAACAAGGGAAAGCAGUUUUACUCAUUGGUGAACAAGGCACGGCCAAGACUGUCAUGAUUAAGGGUUACACAAACAAAUAUGACCCAGAAUAUCACGUAACCAAGUCCUUGAACUUCUCUUCUGCAACCCUGCCCAAUAUGUUCCAGAGAAGCAUUGAAAGUUACAUUGACAAAAGAAUGGGAACCACGUACGGUCCCCCAGCUGGAAAGAAAAUGACAGUUUUUGUUGAUGAUAUCAAUAUGCCUGUGAUUAAUGAAUGGGGCGAUCAGAUCACUAAUGAAAUCGUAAGACAACUCAUGGAACAAAAAGGUUUCUACAACCUGGAAAAGCCAGGUGAAUUCACCAGUGUUGUUGACAUCCAGUUUGUGGCGGCCAUGAUUCACCCUGGAGGCGGUAGAAAUGACAUCCCCCAGCGAUUGAAACGCCAGUUUACAGUGUUCAAUUGCACUCUGCCGUCAAACUCGUCUAUUGACAAGAUAUUCCGUACGGUGGCUGAUGGCUAUUUCUGUGAGCAGAGAGGAUUCCCUCUUGAAGUGUGCAAGCUUGCUUCUGCAUUGGUUCCUACUACUCGCAAAGUGUGGCAAGCAACCAAAGUUAAGAUGUUACCUACCCCAGCUAAAUUUCAUUACAUCUUUAACUUGCGAGAUUUGAGUCGGAUUUGGCAGGGGAUCCUCACGGUUACAUCUGACAUCUGUCAGAGCGCUGACAUCUUAGUAGCGCUCUUCCAACAUGAAUGCACACGUGUGAUUGCAGACAGGUUUGUUGACCAGAAGGACAAAGAUUGGUUCGAGAACACCAUGCACAAGGUUACAGCAGAAGAUCAUGGUCAAGAGUUACUGCAGAGAAUUGCAAAAGAAUCAUACUUUGUGGACUUCUUACGAGAUGCUCCAGAAGCUACUGGAGAAGAACCGGAUGAUGCUGAUUUAGAAGCACCUAAAAUCUAUGAACCUAUCCCUUCAUUUGAAAAGCUGUCAGACAGGCUUGACAUGUUCAUGCAGCAAUACAAUGAAACAGUCAGAGGAGCUAGGAUGGAUUUAGUUUUUUUCAAGAAACUGUUUGAAUCCAUACACAAGGUUCAGAAAGGCCAUGUAGUGAUUAUGGGAGAUAUCAACGUGGUACCAGAUGAAAAAACAUAUGGUACAAAUAACCUUCUGGAUGAUCUGAAGCUAUUAUACCGCACAGCAGGCCAAAAAGGAAAAGGCAUUACCUUCAUAUUUACUGACAAUGAAAUAAAGGAUGAAUCCUUUCUAGAGUAUAUGAAUAAUGUGUUGGCUUCUGGGGAAGUGUCCAACUUGUUUGCAAGAGAUGAGAUUGAUGAGAUCACACAAGACUUAAUUCCUGUCAUGAAGAAAGAGUAUCCAAGACGGGCACCAACCGCUGAAAACCUUUAUGAUUACUUCCUCUCUCGUGUCCGCAGUAACUUGCACGUGGUGCUUUGCUUCUCUCCAGUGGGGGAAAAAUUCAGAACCAGAGCGUUAAAGUUUCCAGGCCUCAUUUCUGGAUGUACGAUGGACUGGUUCCAGCGUUGGCCACGAGAUGCCUUGGUUGCUGUGGCCCAUCACUUUUUAGCUUCUUAUAAAAUAGAAUGCACAGAAGAGGUAAAACGGAGUGUAGUGAACACAAUGGGAACAUUCCAAGAUAUUGUGGCAGAAAAGUGCGUUGAAUACUUUGAGAGAUACAGGCGCCAGACAUACGUCACUCCAAAGUCAUAUCUGUCCUUCAUUGGUGGCUACAAAGCAAUAUAUGGAGAAAAAUUUGAAAAUGUUGAAAAUUUGUCUAACCGCAUGAAAACAGGUCUUGCAAAAUUGAUGGAAGCUGAAGUGUCUGUCAAUCAGUUGUCAAAAGAGCUAGCAGUAAAAGAGAAAGACCUUGCCGUUGCUUCCAAGAAGGCGGAUGAGGUUUUGCAGGAAGUAACUCUGAAAGCACAGGCUGCUGAAAAAGUAAAGAUGCAGGUGCAGAAGGUGAAAGACAAAGCACAGGCCAUUGUUGAUGAAAUCGCUAUUGCCAAGGCGUCAGCAGAAGAGAAGCUAGAGGUGGCCCGACCAGCCCUGGAGGAGGCAGAGGCAGCUCUGCAGACUAUCAAGCCUGCUGACAUAUCAACUGUUCGUAAACUGGGUAGACCCCCUCAUUUAAUUAUGAGAAUCAUGGACUGCGUGUUGCUGCUGUUCCAAAGAAAGAUUGAUACAGUGACAGCUGAUCCUGAGCGACCAUGUGUCAAACCGUCCUGGGCAGAGGCCCUGAAAUUAAUGAACAAUUCAGGAUUUCUUAACUCAUUGCUGGAAUUUAGAAAGGACUCUAUCACUGAGGAAAUGGUUGAAUUGCUGCAGCCGUACCUGGACAUGGAAGACUAUAAUCUCGAGUCUGCCAAAAAAGUGUGUGGCAAUGUAGCGGGACUCUGCUCCUGGACACAAGCCAUGGCAUACUUCUUUGGGAUUAACAAAGAGGUUCUCCCCCUGAAGGCUAACUUGACGCUGCAAGGAGCCAGGCUUGCAGUUGCCCAAGCAGAGUUGAAUAAUGCUCAGAGCCAACUUGAUGCCAAACAGAGAGAACUGGACGACGUGCAAGCGAUGUAUGAUGCAGCAAUGAGGGAGAAGCAGACGCUGCUGGAUGAUGCAGAUGCAUGCAGGAGGAAAAUGGUCAAUGCUACGGCACUGAUUGAGGGGCUUGGAGGGGAGAAAGUGCGAUGGACAGAAAGCAGCAAAAAUUUUCAGAAUCAAAUCAUUCGACUAGUAGGGGAUGUUCUUUUGGCCACUGGCUUCCUCUCCUAUAGUGGCCCAUUUAACCAGGAGUACCGUACUUUCUUACUACAGCUAUGGAAGAAGGAGAUGAACCAUAACAGAAUACCAUACAGUGAUGAUCUCAACCUGAUCUCUAUGCUUGUGGACAAUGCUACAGUUGGUGAAUGGAACCUUCAAGGGCUUCCUAGUGAUGACCUCUCCAUCCAGAAUGGAAUCAUCGUCACCAAAGCAUCUCGCUUCCCCCUCCUUAUAGACCCACAGGGACAGGGGAAAAUCUGGAUAAAAAAUAAAGAGAAGAACAAUGAGUUACAGGUGACAUCCCUGAAUCACAAGUAUUUCAGAACUCACCUGGAGGAUAGUCUUUCGCUGGGAAGACCUCUCAUGAUAGAAGAUGUUGGAGAGGAACUUGACCCAGCACUUGACAAUGUUCUGGAGAAAAACUUCAUCAAGUCUGGAUCGACUUUUAAAGUAAAAGUUGGUGAUAAAGAAGUAGACGUUAUGAAAGGAUUCACUCUUUAUAUCACGACUAAACUGGCAAACCCAGCUUACACUCCUGAGAUAAGUGCAAAGACAGCUGUUAUUGAUUUUACUGUCACCAUGAAAGGGUUGGAGGAUCAACUGCUGGGACGUGUUAUUCUCACAGAAAAGCAGGAACUGGAAGCUGAGAGAGUCAAGUUAAUGGAGGAAGUAACUUCAAACAAGAGGAAAAUGCAGGAGCUGGAGGACAAUCUCCUAUAUCGUCUGACCAGCACGCAGGGCUCUCUCGUAGAAGAUGAGUCUCUAAUUGAAGUCCUCAGGAUAACAAAAUCCACAGCAGAGGAGGUCAGCGAGAAGCUGACAAUUGCAGCAGAGACGGAGUUAAAGAUUAAUACAGCUCGUGAGGAAUAUCGCCCUGUGGCCACGCGUGGCAGCAUCCUAUACUUUCUCAUUGUAGAGAUGAGUCUGGUGAAUGUAAUGUAUCAGACCUCACUCCGCCAGUUCCUCGGCAUCUUUGAUUUGUCAAUGGAAAGAUCUGUAAAGUCCCAGCUGACAUCCAAAAGAAUUGCAAACAUCAUUGAGUAUCUUACCUUUGAGGUGUUUAGGUACACUGCUCGAGGCCUGUAUGAAGACCACAAGUUUCUAUUUACAUUGCUAAUGGCAUUAAAGAUUGACUUGCAAGCUAAGAGAAUUUCUCAUAACGAAUUCCAGACACUCAUCAAAGGUGGCGCAACACUAGAUCUAAAUUCUGUAGAACCAAAGCCAAAAAAAUGGAUACUUGACAUGACCUGGCUCAAUCUGGUGCAGUUGUCCAAUCUACCUCCCUUUAAUAACCUGUUGGGACAGGUUGCAAGAAAUGAGAAAGCAUGGAAAAUCUGGUUUGAUGAAGAAGCCCCCGAAGAAUCUCCUUUACCUGAUGGCUAUGAUAGUUUGUUGGAUACUUUUAGGAAACUGCUUCUUAUUCGGAGCUGGUGUCCUGAUCGAACCAUCGCACAGGCUAGACAUUACAUAGCGGAAUCUCUUGGUGUAAAGUAUGCAGAAGGUUUCAUUCUUGACAUGGAAUCUAUGUGGGCUGAAAGUGAUUGUAGAACCCCUCUGGUUUGUUUCCUGUCAAUGGGGUCAGAUCCUACAGAAAACAUUGAGCGCUUGGCCAAAUCCAAGAAUGCUCCUUGUCGUGCUAUAUCAAUGGGUCAAGGGCAAGAGGUCCAUGCCAGACGUCUGCUAUGUCUGUCCAUGCAAGACGGUGGAUGGUUACUUCUUCAGAACUGUCACUUGGGUUUAGACUUCAUGGAUGAAUUGCUAGAUACAAUUACUGUCACAGAAAGUGUGCAUGAGGGCUUCAGGACAUGGGUGACCACAGAAGUCCACCCCAAGUUUCCUAUAAAUCUGCUGCAGUCAUCAAUAAAAUUCACUAAUGAACCACCUCAAGGUGUGAAGGCAGGAUUAAAGAGGACAUAUUCUGGAGUUUCUCAAGAACUACUGGAUGUAACCAAUGUUCCACAGUGGAAACCAUUGCUGUAUGCUGUUGCUUUUCUCCAUACAACAGUGCAGGAAAGAAGAAAGUUUGGUCCUUUAGGUUGGAACAUCCCAUAUGAGUUUAACCAAGCAGACUUUGCUGCCAGUGUGCAGUUUGUCCAAAACCAUUUGGAUGAUGUGGGCACCAAGCGCCCAGUGAAUUGGAGCUGCCUGCGUUAUAUGCUGGGAGAAGUGCAGUAUGGUGGACGUGUGACUGAUGACUUGGAUAAGACAUUACUAAACACAUUUACAAGAGUCUGGUUUGGAGAGCACAUGUUUUUGGAUAAAUUUUGCUUCUAUAAAGGCUAUGGAAUCCCUAAGGGCAAAACCAUUGAUGACUAUAACCAGUGUAUAGAGCAACUGCCCUUGGUAGACACACCUGAGGUGUUUGGAUUACACCCCAAUGCAGACAUAACCUACCAGACAAACAUGGCAAAUGAGACACUAAGUACCAUAGUCAACAUUCAGCCCAAGGACAGCGGAGGAGGUGGAGGGGAGACCAGAGAGACUAUUGUUCAGCGUCUUGCAGAUGAAAUGCUGGAGAAAUUACCCGAGGAUUACAUCCCUCAUGAGGUUAAGGCUCGACUUCAAAAGAUGGGUCCGUUUCAGCCAAUGAAUAUCUUUCUACGUCAGGAAAUUGAUCGCAUGCAGCGUGUAAUUGCAAGAGUUAGAAGUACACUUGUUGACCUUAAGCUGGCAAUCGAUGGAACAAUCAUUAUGUCAGAAGACUUGCGAGAUGCUUUAGAUAACAUGUAUGAUGCCAGGAUUCCGAAACUCUGGUAUAAGAUUUCCUGGGAUUCUGCCACGUUGGGAUUUUGGUUUACAGAGCUUCUGGAAAGAAAUCAACAGUUCCGCAGCUGGUUGUUUGAUGGGCGUCCCAAUCAGUUCUGGAUGACAGGAUUUUUUAAUCCACAGGGCUUUCUGACUGCCAUGAGACAGGAAACAACACGUAUGAAUCUUUCAAAAGGCUGGGCUCUAGACAGCGUCAUUUUACAUAAUGAUGUCACCAAGAUGAUGAAAGAAGAUGUAAAUGCUCCUCCCCCAGCUGACAUUGGCGGUGUCUACAUCUAUGGGCUAUUUUUAGAUGGUGCUGGCUGGGACCGAAGAAACACAAAACUCAUGGAGGCACAACCAAAGGUGCUGUUUACUAAUCUGCCUGUAGUUCAUGUCUAUGCAGUGAGCACCAUGGGCCCUGCAGACCCCAAGAAACAGAUGAAUAGCCUCUACUCCUGCCCAGUGUACAAGAAGCCACGUAGGACUGAUCUCACUUACAUUUUCUCCCUGUACCUGAGAACUGUCUUUGUGCCCGACCACUGGACAAUGAGGGGUGUUGCUCUGCUUUGUGACAAUAAAUGAAUAAAGGGAGGUGAUAGAAUACUUAAGAAGACAUUACAAUUAAAAAAUAAUGAGCUAAAAAACAGGCAGUGUACUCAACUGAGUGAAUGGCAUGAUAACUUCAAAAACAUUCCUAUAGUUUGGUUUAUACUUGUUCUCUUCUGCAGUCAUUAGCUUUGCAGAAUACAUUAUUUUUUUAUAACCUGUCCUUUUGUAACUGUAACAUGUAGACUCCAGCUUAUGAAACACUUACAUAGGAGUACAGUGUCACUGAAUUAAACGUAAUGCAGAGUAUGUUACACUAUAAUGAAAUUAGCAAUUGGUGACAUUUAGUCUCUUUCAGGAUCAUACAACAAAUGUCAAGUUUAUUCUGUACACGUUGUUUCUGGAUUUGUGCCUAUUAAACAUUUACUUAAAAUCU